AUGGGUUCUUCCGACAGCACUGCCGCCUUUUGGGCCAAAACAAACAAAUACCUCAUGUCAACGGGAGUCCCGUUUUCUCCUGUCGUCAUCACAAAAGCCAAGGGCACUCGUCUUUACGAGGCUGAUGGCCGGUCAAUCCUCGACUUCACUUCGGGCCAGAUGAGCUCCCUUCUCGGUCACUCUCACCCCGAGAUUGUGGAAGUCGUUAAGCACUAUGUCUCAGAGCUAGACCAUCUGCUCAGUAAUAUGAUAACCCAUCCAGUCGCCGACCUUGCUGAACGUCUUGCCAAAGUCUUGCCAGCCCCACUCGAGAAAUCUUUCUUCCUGAACACGGGUUCUGAAUCUACCGAGGCCGCUAUCAAGAUGGCAAAGUACUAUACCGGAAACUUCGAAAUCGUCGCAUUCGCAGCCAGCUAUCAUGGUCUGACUCAAGGUUCUGGAUCCGCUACAUACUCUGCCGGUCGGAAACGCGGCGGUCCUUGCACCCCAGGCCAACUCGCUUUCCCUGCGCCUUACGCCUAUCGAUCACCUUUCCGGAAAGCCGAUGGAUCCUACGACUGGGAAACGGAGAUGGACUUUGGCUGGUCAAUGAUUGACCGGCAAAGUGUUGGCUCACUCGCUGCCUUUAUAAUGGAGCCUAUCCUGUCCACCGGCGGGAUUCUGGACAUGCCCUCGGGGUAUAUGAAGCGCAUGGUGGCCGAGUGCAAGAAACGUGGUAUGCUUGUGAUCAUGGACGAGGCACAGACCGGUGUGGGACGUACAGGCCAAAUGUUUGCGUUUGAAAACGAUGGCAUUGUCCCCGAUAUUCUCGCCCUCUCCAAGACGCUUGGUUGCGGUCUUCCUCUCGCUUCCGUAAGCACGACAGCUGAGAUCGAGCGCGGUUGUACGGAGGCUGGUUUCCUAUGGCUUACCACCCAUCUUAAUGAUCCUUUAACCGCAGCUGUGGGAAACAAGGUGCUGGAAAUUGUGGAGCGCGAUAAUAUCUGCAAGCGCGCUACCGAGCGUGGUGCUCAGCUACGCGAGGGUCUGCUCAAGCUUCAGAAGAAGUACUGGUGUAUUGGUGAUGUUCGUGGCCGCGGUCUCCUGCAAGGCAUUGAGAUCAUCUCGGACCCUGUAACACGAGCCCCUGGCUCGGAGCUUGGCCAGGCAGUCUCGGACCGCGCGAUGGCGUGCGGUCUUUCCUGUAAUGUUGUCAAUCUUCCGGACAUGGGCGGUGUCUUCCGCCUUGCACCAUCGGUGACUGUUACUGCUGAGGAGAUUGAAGAGGGCCUGCAGAUUCUGGACGACGCUUUUGCAUUCGGAUUAAGGAAGCUCAACACUUAG